UUGUCUUGUGAAAGAUGAGUUUAAUAUCUCAAAAGAUUCUCCCUAAAAGUAGAGCCAACAAGACAAAAAGGGUGGAUGCUGAUGAGCCUUCAUUUCUGCCAGGGAAUGAAGACACUGAAAAUGGAGAUUUGGAUGUUUUAAGGGUGAAUAAGAGAAAGAAAGAGCGCAAGGAAGAGGAUGAGAAGCUGGUAAUUGAGCAAGAAAGAGAAAUGAAGAAGCUGGAGAACUCUUUGUUUGGUUCUCUAUAUUCCCCUGUUGAGUUUGGGAAGGAAGAUGAGGGCAUUCAAGACAGAGGUGAGAAAGGUUCUGCUUUGUUUUUCAUGGACCGUUCUGCAAAUAGUAUGCUCUCUGUUUAUGAAGAGGAUGGAGAAUUCUCAGAAAGAAGUAAUGAUAAGGAAACUAAGCAAAGAAAACCUGUCUGGGCAGAUGAGGAAGAGCAAAAAACCAAAAUAAAUAUUGCUCAAGUUAACAGAUUAAGGAAACUGAGGAAGGAAGAGGAUGAGAGUUUAAUUUCUGGUUCAGAGUAUGUAUCAAGAUUGAGGGCCCAACAUGCUAAGCUGAACCCCAGAACAGAGUGGGCCCAAUUCGAUUCACGGGCAAAGCAUGAUUCAUCUUUUGAUGAUGAAUCAUCGGAUGAAGAAAAUGGGGCAGUAGUGGCCCGUGGUUUCAAGGAUGUUGAAGUUGUUGAAGAUAUUCUUCGAACAAAUGAAGACCUUGUUGUGAAAAGCAGUACAAAAUUGUUGCCUGGACUUCUUGAAUACUCAAGACUUGUAGAUGCAAAUGUAGAGGAUCCUUCUAAGGGUCCAAUAAAUUCAGUUCACUUCCAUCGAAAUGCUCAAUUGCUACUUGUUGCAGGAUUGGAUCGUGGGCUCAGAUUUUUUCAAAUUGAUGGCAAACGCAAUACCAAGAUACAAAGUAUCUUCCUUGAUGAUUGCCCCGUUCGAAAGGCAACUUUCUUGCCUAAUGGGUCUCAGGUUAUUAUAGCAGGAAGGAGAAAGUUCUUCUACUGCUUCGAUUUAGUAAAAGCAAAAGUCGAUAAAAUAGGUCCCCUGGUUGGCAAGGAGGAGAAAAGCUUGGAACUCUUUGAGGUUUCCCCUGAUUCUAGUACGAUUGCCUUCGUGGGAAAUGAAGGUUAUAUCUUGCUGGUUUCUACCAAAACGAAGGAACUGAUAGGGACACUAAAGAUGAAUGGGACAGUUCGGUCUUUAGCUUUUGCUGAUGAUGGGCAGCAAUUAUUGAGCUCUGGUGGUGAUGGCCAGGUGUACCACUGGGAUUUGCGAACGAGGGCUUGCUUCCAUAAGGGUACAGAUGAAGGUUGCAUGAAUGGUACGGCUCUCUGCACCUCCCCAAAUGGCAAACUAUUUGCAGCCGGUUCAGACAGUGGGAUUGUUAAUAUUUAUAACAGAGAGGAGUUCUUAGGGGGCAAGAGAAAACCUAUCAAGACCAUAGAAAAUCUAACCACCAAAGUGGAUUUUCUGAAAUUUAAUAAUGAUGCUCAAAUAUUGGCUAUUUCUUCUAGCAUGAAGAAGAACAGUUUAAAGUUGAUCCAUGUCCCGUCAUUUACUGUGUUCUCGAACUGGCCUCCACUUAACAAGUCCCUACAUUAUCCACGCUGUUUGGAUUUCAGUCCCGGCGGUGGUUUCAUGGCCAUGGGAAAUGCUGGCGGAAAAGUGUUGUUGUACAAGUUGCAUCACUACCUUCAUGCAUAGAGCGAAUGUGACAUACUGUCUAUAUCUGGUCGCUCUGCCCUGCUUUCAUCCCCGCAUAUCAGAAUCAUCAUUUGCCUGGGGCCCCAAUAUGAACCGAUUGUAUCUCUUCUUUUUCUUUGCUCGGGUUUUUGUUGGGUGAGGUUUCAGAUUAUUAGUGGAUGGAGUAAUGCCCGAAAUUCUUUCUUUAUUUGAGUAAAUCA